AUGCGAGCGGUACUGCCGGGGAGGCCCCCAGCGAAGCUUCAGUCAUUCAGCACUGCGCUGUGGGACGGGCUUCGCGUAAUUGCGUAUAUCUCCGGCCACGCGCUGGUUAUCCUCGGCGGUCCGCAGACGCUCCUCCAAACAAUCUACGUCGAUGAGACCGAAAAGCUCGAAGCGAUUGCCUUUGACGAGCAAUCUGGGAAAAUUGCAGUUUGUGGAGGACCUGAUGUCUUCGUGUACCAGCCGUACGGCAUCCAAGGCGAGACACUGAAGUGGUCCUUAGCCUACACCUUCCGCGCCGAUGAUAGCGACGAGCCGAUUCAUACCGUAUCGUGGGGUUCCUCGAACGAGCUGCUCCUGGGCAACUCUCGACUUGCGCUUUGGAUUCUCAAUGAUACCCCGCGUUUAGUAUGGAAACGGAAGCUUGCUACACCCGUCAAAUUCGCCAAGUUCUCCCCCGAUGCGGCGCUGGUGGUGACAGUCGGACAAUAUGAUCGCCUAGCCAAAGUAUGGAGGCGACUUGCCUACGGCGCAGAUGAGGUGCGGUUUGAGGUCUCAUACCUUCCUCAUCCCCACAUUGUUACUGGCGUACAUUGGCGGCUGCCCUACCAUAGAGAGCAGUCUAUGGACAAUGUAUUCUAUACUCUAUGCGCCGACAACAAGAUCAGAAUAUGGGCUGUGACAGACCACCAUGCUCUCUCGCCUCUACAGUUAUGGACAGAGAUUGAUAUGGAGCUCUCCGUUCAACCCAGAGACGUUUUAAGUGCCGACGAAGGAUCUCAAAGGCGAUACGGAUUCAUCUUGGAUGCUCGAGAUUUCUGUUCUGCUACAGAGCGUGCAGUUCAGAGAAGCACCGGAAAUAAGGGAAACCAUGCCCUGGAACAUAUCAUCGAAGUUGCCAAAAAAAGCCCCGAAAUCUGUGUCGUUAUUGACGGUCAGGGCCACAUGUCCGCCUGGGCCUUGGAAGACGUGGGUCUCAAAGUCAAAUCAAAUCUGAGUGUCUUCAACAUUCUCCAUGUGGAAGGCCUAGAUCUUGGAUUCAUGCCUAGUCUCUCCACGGGAGAGGACUAUGCUCAAAUAAGUGCAUUCCAAAGCAACACAUCCGAUGACAAAAUCAGCAUUGUCGUUCAUCAUUUUGAUGGCCGAAUUGAGUGGUACGACUCGCCAGUAGAUACUCUUUUUGACCCUGCUCCCCAAAAGAAACGCAUUCUUCCAAAAGCGUCUUGGUCUGGGCAUACGGCACCGGUCAAGAAGAUUGUUCGAAAUGCAAUCGGCGAUACACUCGUCUCCCGUACCGAUGAGAAUAAGGCUAUGAUUUGGCGACAGAGAAGAAGAGAAACUGGAUCAAUAUUGUUACACAAGAGUAUUCUAUUUUCCGACGAACAUAUCCAUCGAACGUGUGUGAUCGAGGAUGCCAAUCUCCUCGUCAACCUUCAUCAUAACGGAAUCUCCUUGUGGGAUUUCAGUUCUUAUCAUGCUAGAAGGCUUGCGCACCUGCCAUUUACGUUAUCCAGCAAGCCACUCUGCGUGCUUCCGCUUCCUACCCCAGAUGCAUCUUCGGGCCUUGCAUAUGUAGCCACCAUUGGGGCAGAUAUGGAUGGAAUCGCCUGGGAGAUCGAAUGGACUGCUCGAUAUGAUCAGAAAGGCACAGAAAGAACCCCCCAAAAUUGCCAGCUGCGGAAAUUCUGCACCUUUAACAUGGGCCUGAGAGAAGACUUAGCUUAUAUUCUUCCUGUGGACCCGGCAGGACCCAAGGCCAAACAUUCUGGCUCCUUCGAUGCCUUUUCCCCUGACAUCGCGCUCUCAUAUACAAACGGUGGUGUUGUGAGAACCUGGACCGCUAAGGUUAAUCGAGUAAACCCAAAAGUUGAAUGGUUGCUACAAUCGACAGUGGACACAGGGAUCGAGAACCCGUCCCUGGCUAGUGGCAGCACUAUUCGCAAGGCCGCGCUAGUGGAUGAGAAUCGAACUCAUUUAACAAUUUGGGACACCAAUAACUCUCAACUUGAAUUUGAGGAACACUUUGCUCAACAUGAUAUCAUCCGUGACCUCGAUUGGACAUCAACCCCUGACAUGCAGUCGAUUCUGGCCGUUGGAUUCCCUCAUAAGGUUGUUCUACUAUCUCAGCUUCGCUAUGACUAUUUGGAUUCUCGGCCAUCCUGGACCCAGAUUCGAGAAAUCUGGAUUCGGGAUCUCACACCUCACCCAAUUGGCGACUCGUGCUGGCUCAACAAUGGUCAUCUUGUUAUCGGGGCUGGCAACCAACUGUUUGUGUAUGACAAAGAAAUUGAUGUUGGGGAUCGUCUUGUCUCUGAGCUUCGUAUACCAUCUCGUGGGUUAUCAUCUGUCGACCUCUUUGAUGUUGUCAGUCGUCUGAAUGGCCCACUUCCAGUCUUCCAUCCUCAAUUCCUGGCGCAAUGCAUCCUGGCAGGGAAGACUGGUCUUGUACAUUCUGUCUUGAUGAACCUACACCGGAAACUCAGAUUUUAUACCGAAGGAGAUGAUUUGGACGGAUUUCUGGAGAUGCCACUCGAAGAUUUUUACGAGGAAACGGACAUCUUUCAACAAGCGGCCUCGAAGGAGAUGCGUUCUUCCUACACUGACGUCGACUUCGAGGAGCUGUCAUUUGUCAUAGACGAAAGUAAUGCGUCUCUACUCAACGACAAUCUUGCGCGCAUUGCAUUACCUCAAUUGUCUAGCCAUGAGCAAUUCCGCCUCGUCGAUACCAUUGAAUGUGUUGCGACAGUAGAAAAGCAUCGGCGAUCUAUGGAUGACAAUGCGGCGCGAUACUUCCUUUUCUUCAGGCAACAUAUGUUGAGAAGGGGCCAAGGGGUCGCAAACAAAGGCACCGUUUCAUGGCGUGAGAUUGUGUGGGCUUUCCAUAGUGGAAGUCAAGACAUCUUGACGGACCUUGUAUCCCGUCAAUUCGGUGGUAAAUUGACAUGGAAGGCUUCUCGAGAAAGUGGAAUCUUUAUGUGGCUAUCGGAUCCCGCUGCCUUGAAAGCACAACUGGAGAUCGUGGCUCGAAAUGAAUAUACCAAGACAGAGGAGCGAAACCCUAUCGAUUGCACCCUGUAUUAUCUAGCUCUCGGCAAAAAGAAUAUUCUCCAAGGCCUAUGGCGGAUUGCGCAUUGGCAUCGUGAGCAAGCUGCCACCCAGCGUCUUUUAGCAAACGACUUUAAGGAGGCACGAUGGAGAACUUCUGCACUCAAGAAUGCCUAUGCUCUGCUGGGAAAGCGGCGCUUUGAAUAUGCCGCAGCAUUCUUUCUUCUCGCAGAACACUUACGUGAUGCCGUGAACGUCAUCAUGAACCAAAUCGGAGACCUUCAGCUUGCUAUCGCGGUAGCUCGUGUCUAUGAAGGAGACAUGGGUCCUGUCUUUAGGGAAAUUCUGGAAGAAAGAGUUCUUCCCGAGGCGGCCGCGGAAGGUAACCGGUGGAUGGCCUCCUGGGCGUUUUGGCUGCUUGGACGAAGGGACAUGGCGGUGCGAUCGCUAAUUUCCCCGAUCGAGACACUAAUAGCACCGACCCCAAUCUCUCCUGGCAGUCCCGGCCGAGUUACCCUUCAAGCUAAAUCAUAUCUUUCUAACGAUCCCGCAUUGGUUAUUCUGUAUCAACAGCUUCGCGAAAAAACUCUUCAAACCCUCAAGGGUGCCUCGCAAGUCCGGCCGCGCGAAGAAUGGGACUUUGUCCUGCGCAAUGCCCGCCUCUACGACCGCAUGGGCUGCGAUUUACUCGCCUUAGACCUUGUACGGCACUGGGAGUUCUUGGGCGGACCACCUACAUCGAAGACAUUGCAGUCUCAGCCUGCACUCGAGCUCCACGAGAAUGGCGUUGAUUACCGAAAACUUCUUCGCCGGCGGAGCAGCCUUGUUGUGGCGGAUAUGCCUAUGCGACUGACAGAGUCAGUGAAAGCUUCGACUGAUAAACAGGAGACUGUUGCUGCUGAGGACUCCGAAAAGAAACAGCCCCCAAAGCCAAAACCUCCCCCCACAAUGUUUCAUGAACCGGAUGCCAAUUCGUUGCUGGACAGCUUUGGGUUCUAG